AUGGAAAGCUUUACCUUACCUAUCAUGCGGGUAAGGUCUUUCUACACAGGUCGUCAACUCACUGAGGCCAAACGUUUAUGUGAAAAUAUCUAUACUGGUGGACUUAAAGCAGUAAUUUCCUUCAAGGUAAACUGUUACACCAAUCUCUGUCCGGAAUCAGUUAAUAUGAAGGUAGCUACUCUGAUUAUGGUGCUGAACUUCGUAUUAACGGAAUGUAUCAAUGAUGGAUCCAUUCCUGCCCACUCUGCUUAUAACUAUCUUAAGAAAAUAUCGAUUCCUGAAGCGAAUAGAAUUCGAAAAGUGGAAGAGAAAUACAAUAGCCAGCAAAGGAUUGUUGGUGGAGCCCCAGCUGAUUAUGGGCAAUACCCAUAUCAGGUUGGUCUUGUUUUAUCUAUAACUAAUCUGACUGGAGUUGGUGCCUGUGGUGGUACAGUCUUAAGUGAAAAUAGAAUCCUCACCGCUGCCCAUUGUUGGUUCGACGGUGUAAAUCAAGUCUCGAAAGCUACUAUCAUUCUUGGAUCAGUUUUCCUGUUCUAUGGAGGUGUUAGAACUGAAAGUAGCUUUGCGGUUACCCAUCCAAAUUGGACCCCCGUGCUGGCGCGCAACGAUAUCGCUGUGAUAUACUUACCUAACUCUAUAUCAUUUUCAAGAUACAUUGCACCGGUUGCACUACCCUCUGGUGAUGAGCUAAAUGCAGAUUUUGUUGGUGCUAUCGCGAUUGCCAGUGGCUUCGGUGUUACAAAUGACAAUGAUAUUGCUGUAGAUUCGCCAAUUCUGAAUUUCGUCCACUUGAACGUUAUUGAGAACGAAAUCUGCGAAAUGAUAUAUCCUCUUGUGGUCCAAUCAACGAACAUUUGCACCAGCGACAAUAACGGUGGAAGUACUUGCCGUGGGGAUUCUGGUGGCCCUCUUGUUGUUGAACGAAACGGAAGAAGUGUUAUAAUCGGUGUGACUUCGUUUGGAUCCAUAUUAGAUGAUAUUGCUGUAGAUUCGCCAAUUCUGAAUUUCGUCCACUUGAACGUUAUUGAGAACGAAAUCUGCGAAAUGAUAUAUCCUCUUGUGGUCCAAUCAACGAACAUUUGCACCAGCGACAAUAACGGUGGAAGUACUUGCCGUGGGGAUUCUGGUGGCCCUCUUGUUGUUGAACGAAACGGAAGAAGUGUUAUAAUCGGUGUGACUUCGUUUGGAUCCAUAUUAGGUUGUCAAUUAGGUUUACCUAGUGUAUUUGCUCGCGUCACGUCUUACAUUACGUUUAUUCAUGAUAAUUUAUAA